AAUCACAGUGAGCAACGCUUUCUCCCGGGUACCGCCGGAUGCCCGAAGAUCGGCCACGGCGGGGCAUUCUCGUGCCUUUGCCCUGCUUGUCAGGGCACUGCCAGUCAGAGUCGAGUGGGUAGCUGAGCGCCAGUUCCCUUUGUAGUUCCACUUCCUACCUUGCCGCACGAAGGGUCUCGAGAAGGGCGACACCCACCCAUUCAACCACCCCAUUCCCUUGCAGCGAACCGCUCCCGCCGCCCCUUUGCUUGCGUUCCCGCCCUAACGCGCGCGCGCACUCUCCCUCGCUGCUUCCCUGGCUCGCAGUUCCAGGUGGGAUCGUUUCCCCCCCCUUUUCCUUUACGUUUCUCGCUGGCGCGUCAAGUGCUUUGUCGUCGUCCCCUGUUCUUUUUUUCUGUCAAGAAAAAAGUCCCCCCCCUUCCUCUUUUCUUCGGAGGGCGGGAGAGUUUCAGAGCAGGAAAUAAAAUAUAACAGUGCUGCUGUUGUUGCAAUGGGCACUGACUAGUCGAAAGGAAGCGAAGAAGACGUUGCUCUUUCUGCAAUCGGAGAAAAGAAGCUUCCUGUAAUUCAUCUGACUCCAUCGGCUCGGUUGCCUUUCACCGCCUCGCAAACCUCAAACUUUCACCCUGUCUGGAGGAGUCCAAGCUCGACAUAAAUGGUGGAGGCGAUAGUGGAGUUUGACUACAAGGCUCAACAUGAUGAUGAGCUGACAAUCACUGUAGGUGAUAUCAUCACCAACAUCAGAAAAGAAGAUGGAGGUUGGUGGGAAGGACAGCUCAAAGGCAGAAGAGGUUUGUUCCCUGACAACUUUGUAAGAGAAAUAAAAAAAGAAGUGAAGAAAGAAAGUUCUGCCAGCAAAGCACCAGAGCUCUCUAUGCAUGAAGUUCCUAAUGGAAGUUCUUUACUAUUGUCUGAGACAAUUAUUAGAACCUCCAAAAAAGGUGAACGAAAUAGAAGGCGACGAUGUCAGGUGGCUUUCAGUUAUAUGCCUCAAAAUGAAGAUGAACUGGAGUUGAAAGUUGGAGACAUCAUUGAGGUAGUGGGAGAAGUAGAAGAAGGUUGGUGGGAAGGAGUGCUAAAGGGGAAAACUGGCAUGUUCCCCUCUAAUUUCAUAAAGGAGCUGUCCAAUUCUGAGGAUGCUAGAAUUGUCCAUGAAGAGCACCUGAUAAAACCAAGAAAGUCUGCCUUUGAAGGGUCAAUUCUGUAUAAAGUGGGACCGACAAAGAUUGAGAGCUGCAGACGCUAUAACAGUUUAAGAGAUACUACAGGCUCAGAAAGUGAUGGUGGUGACUCAAGUAGCACAAAAUCAGAAGGAGCCAAUGGAGCAGCAACAAUCCAACCCAAGAAAAUCAAGGGGAUUGGAUUUGGUGACAUUUUCAAGGACAAACCCAUAAAGCUACGUCCAAGGUCAAUAGAAGUAGAUAAUGAUUUUCUGCCAGUUGAAAAGACAGUUGGAAAAAGAAUGCCCACAGCUACAACAGUCCAGGAGACAACAAAAAUAGAAUUGGAUAGCAGAACAAAGAUGAAGGAGUAUUGCAAAGUUAUAUUUCCUUAUGAAGCACAGAAUGAAGAUGAAUUGACAAUCAAAGAAGGUGAUAUUGUUACUCUUGUCAAUAAGGAUUGCAUUGAUGCUGGCUGGUGGGAAGGAGAACUUAAUGGUAGAAGAGGAGUAUUCCCUGAUAACUUUGUAAAACUAUUACUUCCUGAUUUUGAAAAAGAGAGACCUAAAAAGCCUCCACCUCCUUCAGCUCCUUUCAAACAAGGAUCAGCUACUACAGACAGAAAGCAUGAAAUUAAAAAAGUUCCUCCUGAGAGGCCAGAAUGUCUUCCUCAUCGAAUAGAAGAAAAAGAAAGACCAGAGAGAGAGCCAAAAAUGUUAGAUUUACAGAAGCCUUCUGUUCCUGCUAUACCACCCAAGAAACCUCGACCACCAAAAACAAACUCUUUGAACAGACCUGGUACGCUGCCACCAAGAAGACCAGAAAGACCAGUUGUGCCUCUGAUUCAAACAAGGAAUGAAAUUCCAAAAGUCGAUUUGGGGAGCUGUUCUUUGUCCAGCACCUUAGAAAAGGGAUUCACUGAAAAAAGCAAGGACAUUGAUUUGGAAGGGUUUGAUUCCAUAGUACCAGUUGCAGAGAAACUCAGCCAUCCAACUACUACAAGACCAAAAGCUACUGGUAGAAGGCCUCCAUCACAGUCAUUUACAUCUUCUUCACUUUCUAGUCCUGAUUUUUUUGAUUCACCAAGUCCUGAAGAUGAGAAAGAAGAACAAGUUUCCCUACCACAUAAAGUAGUUGAGCCAUUAAAGAAAGCAAAGACUGUUACAAUUUCACUUGUGUCCGAUAACAAAGCUUCUUUGCCUACAAAGCCAGGAGGUUUAACAAGUGGAAGUGCUUUAUCUUCAUCCUUAUCUUCUUCAUCUGUACUUCAUCCAGCUUCAGUAGGAACCAUAGGUCACAGGUCAAAUUCUCCUUCUUUGUUCAGUACUGAGGGAAAGCUAAAGACUGAUCACUCAAGCGAAGGUGAAGCAGCUUUGGAAGAACUAAGGUUACAAGUUAAAGAGCUACGCACUAUCAUUGAAACAAUGAAAGACCAGCAGAAAAAAGAAAUUAAGCAAUUGCUGUCUGAAUUAGAUGAAGAAAAAAAGAUUCGGCUACGAUUACAGAUGGAAAUUAAUGAUAUAAAGAAAGCUCUUCAAUCAAAGUGAAUUCUGGAUGAAUGGAAUGUUGUAUUAAUUCUUAGUGACAGAGACUUAUGCCCCAAACAAAAUAACUUUGUGCCAAAUGAUUAAAAGAUCUGCCUACAUUUCUUUGUUUGGACAACUAGCACAAUAAUUUAAUAGCACAACACAAAUUCCAGUGAAGAACAAUUUUUUUUAUGUGAUACACUUUCUUGAGAUGGCACUGGUUGUGACUGAAUUUUUUCUUAUUGUGCUAAAAUCUUCUCUGCUUCACGUUCACAGGCAAAUUGAAAACUCAGGCAGUUUAGUUCAUAGUGGUACUAUUUUAAUGAUAUUUUCCAUAAGUAAAUUGUUUAUCAGUUUACAGGUUUCAUGAGUUUGACUUUUUAAAUUGUCUUUUGUCAUAGACUCUUAAAAUAUUUGUAUUGUAUUGCAUAUAUCCAGAAAUGAAUGUGGCUAUUGGGUGAGGGGGGGUUGUUUCUCUUAAAGCAGCUUAAUGUGUGUUAUUUUAAAUACAAUUAUUUAUGCAAUCUUAUGUCCAAAAAUUAACUACAAGCUGAAUCAUAUGUUUGUGUACAAAGGGUAUAUUUAAAAAGAAAAAUCUGGUCUUUGCAAUGAUUUGUGCCUUCUUUUGCCAAAAACGGAUUGGAACUAGUUGUAGUCCAGAAUUUAGAAAUGUAGCUAUCACAAUGAGGCCUAUCUAUCCACUAGAGCCGGAGUGUCAAACUCAAUUUCAUUGAGGGCCGCAUCAGCAUUAUGGUUGCCCUCAAAGGGCCAGUUGCUGUCCCCUUCUCUCCCUCAGGCUUGCCUCACUGACAUCUCCCUAUUGCCUUCUCCCCCCCCCCGCUUCCUGCCAAAACCCCUCCUUUUAUAUCCUCUCCUUUCCUCCCCCAUGUGUUCACUCAUUACCCGGCUGGCCUUUUCACCUAGUGCUCAUCAGCUGGAGCUACGUGCAUUGAUUCUGGGGUCCCCACUAAGCCCUGGCUGCCCCAGCUGACUCUUUCCCUGAAGACUGCAUGUGGCUGCCAGCCACCCUCCAAGGCUGCUGGAAGCCCCAAUCAUCUGGAGUAGCGCACACUGAUCCUGGGGCCUCAGCAGAGUCACUAACACCGCAGCUCCAGCUGACUCUCUUCCAGGCCUCUCUGGUACUGCCGGCACUUCAGCUCGCCCCCCCCCCAAUACAUACAUACUCAAGUCACCUCUUAGUACUAGUCUGCUUGCGGGCCAGAUCUAGACACAUCAUGGACCAGAUCUGGCCUGCGGGCUUUGAGUUUGACAUGCCUGCACUAGAGGUUGGUCUUUCAGCAUAUUAACUGCUUGCUCAUCAAAAUCUUCAAUUUUGAUCUGAUUUGAUUCAGCUUGAUGAUGUAACAACCACACUGAGUUUGAGGCAGCUUUAUUUUAACUAGUAUAGUAUAUUAUGAUUAUUCUGAGAAUUCACUUUGCUUAAAGUCACUCAAACGUUAAACACCCACUUUUAUCUCCAAUUUUGCACAUCUUGGGUGGACAGAACAGGCAUCAUCUAAGAGCAAACAAGGAUAAAAUAAAAAUUAACAAGAGAAAAUUAUAUUAUUAUAUGCACAGAGAACUAUGUGAUAUUAACCUCAUUUAAACAAUUUGUAAGCCUGCAAAUUUGGGAUGAAUGGUUUCUAUACUGGCAUCUUACCAAAUGACUUAUAUCAAAGCAGUGUUUACAUCUCUAUACAGAUAGUGAAGAUUUCAGCUUUUAAAGGCAAAGGAAUGUAUAUGUGUUUACAUAAUAUAUGUGCGAUCUUUGAAAAGCACUCGUAACAAAAUUAUAGCUGGAUUUCUUAUUUUCAUAGUACAUUAAUAGUGCAAUCCUGUGCAUGGGUUUUGUUCAGUUCAGUAAAAUAUAUUAUCAGAUAAUGGUAUGUAAGCUUGCAGCCUGAUUUCACAAUCCUAGUACCAUUACUACAUAACAAGCAUUAAAAAUAGUAAGACUCACAUGUAGAUAAACCUGCAUAGGAUUGCACUGAGUGUUCUUGAAUAGCUGAGAUAUGUGUCCUGCUGAAAUAUCCAUCUUUGGUUAUAUAAUAGAAUUCUAGUAUUUCUCUUUUCACAGAGCUAUGAAGUUUACAUGAAAUAUCACAUGGUGACUUUAUCAUAUCAAAUAUAAACAUUUAAUAUUUAUCAUUUAAAUAUCUACAUUUAAAGUUGCUAACUUCUAUUUGUUAUCAAAUAGGAGACUUAAAAGUAUUGCCAUGACACCCAAAAAUGUCCUACAAUUGUGUUUAUUAAUAGCUUCAUAUCAGGAAAGAACAUUCAGGCUAGAGAUUUAAUAAUGCAUCCAAAUACUUGUAUCUGUCAUGUAUAUUUUUUGUUAUUAACAUUGAUACAAGCACACUAAGCAAAAAUGUAUCACUGUGAUAUCUUUCAGGAUUUUAACAUUACAUUAGGAUUUAUGUGUUAAAAUGACCAAAUCAUCUUGAUGAGUGUUUUACAUUGAAGCAUGAAAGUAAAUCAUGGAACUAAUUUCUUUGUCCUCACAGCAUUCAUGUAAAAAAAGUGUUAGCCCUUAUUGUUUUACAAAACGAACUUGAUUUCCAGUCAUAACCUAAGAGUGUAGGACAUUGUGCUGCAACAAAGAGGUCUAGGCAGUGUUAUAGUGUCAUGAUUUAUAGACAUUAGCUUAAAUAAUUAAAGUGGACAAAAGGCUGUAGGACCUUGAAACGCCCUAAGUCCAUGGUCAUGGCAAUUCUUUAUUAGCAUGCCAUUCUGAAUGCUUUUGUGGGAAUAAGUAUUUUUACAUGCAAAUGCAUGUGUACCAUGGAAAUUGGUAGGAAAGAUUACUAAAAAUACUGUGAGAUGGAGGGUUGAUGAGGCAUUAUUAUUGCAGCAAAGAAACUUUUCUUUUGCAUCAGAUAUUGCUGUCCUAAUGAAUAUUUUAGGAGGAAUAUUUGGUUUCUUUGUGUGUCCACAUCGUUUUGCCUUGGAUGUAGUAGUCUCUGUGUCAUGGAAUGUAUUCGAGUGUAACUUCAACAUGGCAGAAAGUAAAAAUGAUGAAAUAUGUUGGGCGUAAUAAUAAUAUAUUUAUUUUAAAAAUAAAUUUAAUAAAGUUUUUGCCCUUGUUAUGCCAACAUCUUGUCCCAUCCUGUGAAGAGCAGGCUCAACAUUGCCACUCAAAACCCAACUGCAGCCUAGGAAAAGGAUGCACUGAUGAGAUUCCAGUUUGAAGUGGACCCUGAUUGUCUGGAAGUGUCUCUUGCAUGACAACAGUUAUUGAGCCUGAAUCUAAGGCUGAACUGGCUCUGCCCCAGUUUUCCUAUUAGACCUUUCUAGUUCUCUUAGAGGUUUUCUAGCAAUAAAGAUGUAUAGCUACUAGCUUCAGCAUUGUGGGAAUCCAACAGGAGGACAAGUAGUGUUUCUAAUUUAUAUAUAUUUGAAACUUGGAAUAGUUUAAUAGGUUUCUGAUUUCAUUCACUUGAAAAACUUACUGUGACUUGUUACAAUAUAGAUUAAAAGUCAGCCUUGAAAACGAAGACAUUUUAAAAUCUUAUUUAAAAAAAAUGAGUUCAGCAUUGAUUGACCUGAAAUCAGGGUUCUAAUUCCUUUUUCUCUUCCUGUUAUGUUGGUAAAUUGUCAUUUUAUAAAUCUGUAUCAAGAGUCCAAUGUAUUGUGAUUUGUAAAAUAAGAUUAAAUGAGAUUUUAUGGAAA